GCGAUGGCUUUGUCAGGAAAGUUGCUUAUUCCGCUGUUCGGCGUGGUGCUACUGUGUGGAGUAGUGUUUGCUGCUGAGCUCAACUAUGACGACAUCAAUUCGUUGCCAACGGAGGAGAAGCGUCGUAUCAUUCGUGAGCUGUUGAGAGCUCAACGGGAUAUCCGUGGUGCCUUGCUGAAGAUUCACUACAGCCUGAACGGCGAAGAGUUCGAUGCGGACGGUAACGAGGAUCCGUACUGGCAGGGAUGCUGGGAUAAGGAGUUGGAGGGCUACAGGCAAUCGAUUGAAGCGAAGAUGAGCUCUCUGGCCAGUGGUCUUCAGCAGGCGCACAGCCUGAUGGACGAAAUCAAUGAGCGUGUAAAGCCACACUGGUAUGGACAUCACAAGCCGGGUUACGGUGGUUCGUACGGUGGUGGCGAGUAUGGUCCGCCCGGCUACGGUCCAGGAUACGGUCCAGACUACGAAGGCGGCUACAGACCAACUACCUCACCCCCGCUCUCUACCAGCUAUCGCCCGACCACGACGGAUUCGUACAACCCCGGCGGCGAUGAUGAUGAUGAUUAUUACGCACGAAAUCGCCCCGUAGGUGGAAACCGACGAUAUGGCCGUGAGCUGGACUUGUCGAAGCAGACGGAACCCGAAGCGACACAGGCAGAAGUGAAGGUAGAGAAAACGGUGGAUCCGAUCGAGGAAAGCGCAGUCAUUGAUGCACUAGAGCAGCUGUCCGAAGCGAAACAGUAGGGAACAUGAAUCUUGCGAUACACA